AUGGACAUGACCCCCCGUCCAUCACAAAGAAGAAAAGCCCCCAGGAUUGGGGCUUUCGGCAGGACACGGGAUACUCGGCAACCGUCAACUACGUCACGGGACCCGCGACGAGAUGGCGAGGGGCACAAUGAGGAAAGGGCCGGCGGCUUUCGCGUUACCGUUUCUUACUGCAAGUUACGGGCGUAUGCUUGCGAGAGGAGACUGAACAACUCCCCCUCCUUAUCGCCAAGCGGGAGCUGCUUCGCCGGGGACCACGGGAGCUUGCUCUGCUGGGCUACUGGACAUAUCAACAACAAAUGCGGGCAAGACCUGUUUGCCCGUGUCUCUAGCUUUGGCCUCCUUUUUCUCAUUUUCCUUUACCCAUUCUCACAUGGAGACUCCCAAGCACCCCCGACUAGUCUCGAGCUCCGUCACACAGAACACCACCGUGCAUAG